ACGCCGUCAAUCUGCUUCCGGGUUGACACAAUUUGCGUGUGGCGUGCUAGCAGCCUACGGUGAGAGCUCUCUGGAGAAACCAUGUUUUAACAAUAAGCAUGGCCGACAAUCAUCUGGAAUACGCCUAUCUCCAGGGACAGUCCAUCGGGGAGCAUCUCGCCGAGGACCCGGAGCUUGCUGCCAUCAAGGCCCGCGUUCAGGAGCUGGAGAUGGAAGAAGAGACUGAAAGAAUGAAGGAGGAGGGCGUGGAAGAAGAGGAGGACAGGUGUGAUGGCGAAGAGAUGCAGCUGCUGACUGGCAGCCCCCGGCCUGGCCCAUUCUACAACAUGACACCCGAGGAGAGAAUAGAUGCCGACAACAGGUCUAUUUAUGUCGGAAAUGUUGACUAUGGUGCUACGGCAGAUGAGUUGGAGAUCCAUUUCAAUGGCUGUGGUCCCGUCAACCGCGUCACCAUCCUCUGCGACAGGUUCUCCGGCCACCCCAAAGGCUUUGCUUAUAUCGAGUUCUCCGAUCGCAACUCGGUGCAGAAUGCCGUUGGCUUGCAUGAGACUUUGUUCCGAGGACGAGUCCUCAAGGUGUUGCCCAAAAGGACCAACAUGCCCGGCAUCAGCACCACCGACCGGGGCGGCCACAGAGGUGGCCACUCAAGAGGCAGGGGGCGGGGCUUCCAGCCACCCAGGGGCCAGCACGGCUCCCGGGGCAGGUUUCGCUACCAGUCGGCUCGACCGCAACAGCAGAACCCCCACCCGUACUACGGCGCACCCCCGGUGGGGAAGAGACAGUGGGGCCCAGUGGAUUAUCACGAACAGACGUCCAAACGCUACCCUUGUCUUCUCCUGGUCAGCUCACCGUCCGAGGAAAUGGGAGCCGGGGUUAGCGGACAGCACUACCCGCAACAGCGCUAGAAAGCCCUUUGCCUGCUGCUCGUAUGCAAAGUGGCUGUGGGAGGUUGAACUGAUUUUUAAAAGGCUCUCUUGUUUUCUGCAUCAGGUCUCGAGCUAGAUUAUUUUGAGCUUCUUGUUAAAAUACAUGAUGGGGCGACGGUCCUGUCUUCAUGCUGAUGUGUCCUUCCAUUUUUAGGAACUAAUGCAAAUGUAUUGUUUGUGCUCCGUGUUUAAAUCCUCCUCUGUUUAACUUAUACAUCCUUUGCUUUAUGUGAACAAAUAAAAUGAUGAGAUGCUUCAUUUGUAUGAAGUUGCAUGGAC